CAUUCAUCCACACCCUGGACGCCCACUUUUUUGCGUCUAAGCUGACGAUUGACACCUCGCCGGGUAGUAAUUAAGGAAGUGGGCGGCGGUAAUUAGUUGCUCUCUUUUUUGCAUAUAAGAAAUUGGUUGCUCACCUCCGAUCUGCUCUUCUCUCCCUCCUUUCUCUCCUCACCCACACACGCUCGUUCGAAGCCUAAUACACCCUGACUUUUUAGUCAAUUUCACUCGUUAUCCACGAACCAAAACAAAUUACCAAGUCUUUCAGACUAUAAUCCUUCAAGCUCCUCUUUACGAGUUUUUAAUAAACCACACUCCUUUUUUCAAGGCAUACCUUUUUAAAUCAGUCAAAAUGCAGUUCUCCGUCGCCGCUGUCCUCGCCUUCGCCGCCGCCGGCGUUUCGGCUUCCGCCUUCAGCAACGGCACUCAGGUCUACGUCACCGAGGUCGUCACUGCCCUGACCACCUUCUGCCCCGUUGCCACUGAGAUCACUGCUGGUGGCAAGACCUACACCAUCACCUCGGCCACCACCCUGACCAUCACCGACUGCCCCACCGGCUGCACCGUCACCAAGCCCGUCUACACCUCCAAGGUUGUUGAGUGCAAGACCUGCAACGGCACCGCCGCCGUCCCUCCCCCGGCUGUCCCCACCAAGACUGGCGGUGCCUCCGCCUCCGUCCCCGUUCCCGUCGGCACUGGCUCCGCCACCGUCUCCAAGCCUCCUUCAGUCCCCACCGCCGCUGCCGACAAGGUUGCCCUCUCUGGCGCCGCUCUUGCCGGUAUCGUCGGUUUCGCCGCCCUCCUGUAAAUUUCCCACCGCAUCUAAACGGUCUCAUCGCCGUCGCAACUGCCAAUCAUGCUAGUUUGUAGUUUCUGAACGAAACCAAGCAUGAAACUCGACGGGCCGAUGGAAGGAAGGAGACGGGGAGUGACGAAGAUUACGACAAAAUACACAAUUCAGCUUUGGGGCUUUUUACUGGCUUGACAACAUUUUGCAUCGCACUAUGGAGUUUUUUGUACUUUUUUGAGUUUUUCUACACAAAGGGGCGCAGAAACGGCCACGCGCAUGCAAAGUUUUACAGGGGAAUGGAGGGGAGAGAGGGGAGAGGCUUUGUGUUGUGUGGUAAACAUAGGAAAACUGUUUCUUUUGUGUGGUUUUGGAAACACUUUUCGUGGAGUUCAACGAGCUGCAUUCGAACCUGCGCAGAGAGGAUCCCUGGUCUCUUCAAAACGUGUGUUGCGGUCUCUGAGAAAUCAAACAAGAAAUAAAAAAAAUAUUAAAAAAAUCCUGGGAAAACGGAGAAGUCGAUGUUGCUCCUGGCUUUUUGAUAAAGUAUAUAUACCCUAAUGAGCAACACUUUUUCGUGUCCCAUUCCAACCAAGAAGGGAAAGCCUUCAUCCUCCCAAAAAAAAAUUCGCAAUACUCGAAGCUUUCUGGCCAGCCCCCUCACAUUGUGUUCGUCUCGGUGAAAAAAGAAAAUAGUUUCUCUGCCAGCACGGCAUGCCAUGGGUGCAUAGAUGGCGUUCCUGUCAGCCCAGCAAAAAUGUCUUGCCCAUCUGCAAGGGGGUAAGAAGCAAGUGAAAGAGGGGGAAAAGCAAUGUAGGCAAGCCUCAUGUUUUACAGCUUGACAGGUAGGGAAACGAACCACGUCGACGAG